UGACGCUCGUGACUCCUGUGUCGGUAACUCGUGAAGCAGAGUCGCGCAGUCUUGUAGUCACACGGCCACGCUCCGCCACUCAGUGUAUCGACGGCAGUGGCGUUGGGAGGUAAUGGCGCGCCUCGCUCUCCUUUCAUCAGUAAUCCUACUCCUGCUGGGGGUCACGUUGGCGGCAGAGGACAGCCCUCCCCUUGACCCCGACCCCGACCCAUAUCAGGUGGCAGCAUCGCGGAGUGAGAUAGUGGUGGCGCGGCAGCUGCUCGACCCCCAAGCCACGACGGAAGGGGCGACGGGGAAGUUGCAGGGGCGGCGGCGGCGGCUCGGGGCAAGACGACGACGCCCUCUGGAUCCCGAGAGAAGGCGACAACUUUUGCUGCGACGACAACAGCUGGGACUCCCUCUCAGGCGACGACUACGGCCCCUGCAGGAAGGGAAGUCACCAUCCACCACCACUACCACCGGCCCUACCACCAUCACCACCACUACCCAGGCGCCGCUCACCUCCACCUCUACUUCCUCCUCAUUCUCCUCCAGCAGCGUGUCUUCCUCGUCCUCCUCUUCCACAACACUGAGGUCUGUCUUCCCCUCCUUCAGCCUCGCCUCCAGGCUGCGGGCGGGAGCAGAUCGGAGGCCUAGCUGGGGGAGUAAGACGCCUUCGGAGGAGACGCGAAAGAAGGAAGAAGAGGAGGAGAGUGAAGAGGAGAAGGAGGAACCCGAACCAAAGGACCUUGCUGAAUUAACAUCCCCUGGAGACCUGAAGGAACGAAGGAGAGGCGUAUCUAAGAUUCUGAACCGCCCCGUGCAUCGUCGCCUCACGCCCACCCUCGCGCCCACCCUCGUCACCACGCCCACUACCGCCCGCAGGGACAGGGAGGAGAGGCUCAGGUUCCGGCCACUCCUGUCGGGGAAGAGAGUGCGUGUUGGGCGUCGGAAAAAUACUCCUCGCCCCCGCCCGACUGUGACAUCCUCUACUACUACCGCCACCAUCCCCACCACCACCGCCACGACCACCACCACCACAACUACUGCCGCCCCGACGUCCUCCUUGCCGCCACCACCCACCACCACCACUGACGCGCCCUUCGUGCAUCAUCGCGACUCACCUGACUUUUGGCAAGACUCCUCCACAACCCUGCACAUUGACUCCUCCACGCCCCACCCCGAGGUAUCCAUUUUCGACCAGGACUCUCUUGCCUUCCUGCAGGACCCGCCAGUCGUGUUCCAGCCUGACUCACCUUCCUUCGACUACGACUACGAUUCGCCAACAAUUCCUCCCGACUCAUCUGUGUUUGGUCCUGAUGUGUUUCCUCCUCCACCGCCCACUUUCCUCCCCGCUCCCCGCUCCGCCCCGCUCCCAAGCAAGCCCCGCCACACCCCGGUUCCCAAGAAAGUGAACAUUGCCCCCCAGCCCUCGUGGCCUCGGCAUCCAAAGUUCCUUCCCAUUCGAAGGUUCAAGCCCGAGGCCCAGGAUGUGAAGUCGAUUGUGCCCAAGCCAAAAUAUGUUCCUCUCGAUUCUCGCCCCUCCCUGCCAAGCUUCACCCCGCCGCCAAGCCCAAGCCCCGUGACACGCCAAGGUGACCACGUGGUAAAUGAAGAUUCCAAUAGGUUUGUGACUCAUAGACCCAGACAUUUCGAACCUGCUCUAAGUCUUAUAAGGGAUCAAGAUGGCUUCGAGGAGGAAGGGCAAGGUCAUCUCGAUGUUUUCCCGAGUCAUGUGGCAAAGCAAAACGGCUUCGAGAUUCCAGAACGAAGCCGCUUCGAUCCUUUCUCGAGCUUCGUGAGCCAAGAAAGUAUUUCGCAGCCAAAACCUGACCAUUUUGAUGCUUUCCCCAGUCUUGUCGCUCAGGUGACGCCACAACCCAACUUUGUAACCCGAGAAAGAAAUUUCAUCCCUGAGAACCCUAACUUCCUCAACCAAAAUCCUAAUUAUGAGCCUGACCGUGAAGUCCUGCAGUCUGCCUUCACCCCAAGGCCGCGGGAACACUUCAGGGAGCCGCCAGCCCGCACCACCACAGACCACACCGCUGCACGUCACACGGGCUUCCUACAAACCCGAAGGCACUCCACGCCGCGCCCUCACCCGCUCCUCCAUGACUCUGAACUUGUGUAUGCGCCGCAAGCAGACUUCGACGAGGCCGCGGACCCGCUGUACCACACCGAAGUGAUCUACACGCCUGACCAGGGAGACGGUGGCUAUGACGAGGCUGACGCUCCUGUGUACGAGGACGAGGACAUCCAGUUGGAAAGCGACUACGAGGAAGAUUAUAAAGAGCCCGGGGUACUGGACCACUACAAGUACGGCUACCAGGUGGACAGUGAGGACACGGGAAACUUCCAGCAGCGAUACGAGGCUCGGGAUGGAGCCACCGUCAGCGGCUCCUACAAGGUCGCUCUUCCUGAUGGGCGUGUGCAGGUGGUAACUUACGUCGCUGACGAUGGCGGCUUCCGAGCUGAGGUGAGCUAUGAGGGGGAAGAAACACCCACUGUCUCCGACCCCAAGCCAUCCCCUACACCCGCCCCCAUCCCUCCAUCCUCACCGCACCCUACCAUUGAGACUCCCCCUGCUGCCGCAUUUCCCCUCUCUAGCUCCCGUCGGCCUGCGCCCCCACGCCUUGCGACCAGGCGGCCUCGUCUCCCACAUUCCCGCGCCACCAAGAAGAACCUCCACUUCUCUGAGCACGUGACCACAGCUUCUCCCAACCCCUUCCGCCUUGUGGUGGAGGGCGGGCGCGCCUCCACUCACGCCCCACCAACGCCAGCCAGGAAUACAAAUCCCACUCUUGCCAGUUCUCGUGUAACGACGUCCCCUGUUCUCCGAGAUGUUGAGGAGGAUCUGCCUUCCUUCUCUCGUAGAAAAUAUGCUCCCACCACCACAAAUGCCCACACCAUUGCUCCCCCCCACAGCCUGACUCACGGCCCCUCGUCCUCCACCAUCACCACCACCACAGCUCCGCCGCCCGCACUACACACACCCACUCCACGCUACGAGUAUAACUCCCUCCACAAUAAACACACGAUUCUUUACGCCCCAACAACCGACGCCACGGCCUACAUCCACACCCUAGGCAGGUCUCAUGCUGUGCCCGUACUAUUGCCCCUGCCCCCCACCCACCCGCGCACUUACUUCCUCAACAAUGCCCACGAUAGGGAAGGGGACAGCGUGGAGAUACAGCGAGGCGACGCGUCAAGACCCCGGAUCAGCAUUCACACGCCGUCACCUCACCAGACGGACAUCUACCCCUCCCCACGGCCUCCCCUCUUUCGCAUCGCCUGAGUCUUGGCCCUUGACGAUUAUAGUAUGAGCAAAUGAAUGUUGAUGAAUAUAGAGAGGCGGAUGGUAGAAUAGUAGUGUAGUAAUGUUUUGAGUUAAUAGAUAAUGAGUGUUCCUGUCCUCCAUUGAUAUAGUGAUUGUUGCCAAGAUUGAACUCCUGAGGUGUGCGUGUUGCGCCGCGAGUGUUGGGUGUCAGGAGGGCAGAGGGUGGGGAGGGAACACACCUGUCGAGCGACGAGAUUUGAUCGCAGACUUGCAGAUAACUACCAGAUAUUAUUUUUUAGUAAUAUAUGUUAGAGAAUCGCUUUGAUGCGGUGUGAUAUUUUUCUACUAAAAACAAUAUCCACUCAGUGA